AUGGCUCGCCCCCCACCACGCCGGGCCGGUGGCCGGCCCGUGGCCGGGAAGCCGUCGGCCACCGGCGGCCUCGGCCUGCUGUUGGCCCUGGCCGCGGCCCUGCUCGCCGGCGCCCAGGCGGCCCUGCUGCCCACCCCACGCAGCCUGCAAUACCACCGGGUGCACACGCUCCCCGGGCCCGAUCCCCCCCCGGCCGGGGCGCCCGACCACGCCCGGGACAUCCGCUUCUGCGACUUCUUCAGCCAGGACACCCUGCUGCCCGGGGCCACCGACGGCCUGGACGACCUGGCCUUCUACCAGACAUACUACGCCAUGCGCCCGGGGCAGGAGUCCCACUCGCGGCAGCGCCCCCAGCCGGUGCACUUCCUCCCCGGCAGCACCGGCAGCCUUCACUGCACCACGGCCACCGCCUUCCCCCGGGCCGGGCUCACCUACCCGGCCACCCGGUACGACCCGGCCACCGGCCCCACGCGGGAGGUCUUCUUCGAUGAGACGGCCGGCCUCGUGCUCCGCGGCAAUGGCCACUUCGCCACGGCCUACGCCCUGGGCCCGGCCCUGCCGCCGGUCCUGGCGGCCACCUUCCCCGACGGCCGGGACGCCCCGCUGUCCGGGCUGGUGUCCUUCGACCAUGGCACCGGCGGCACCAGCCCCUGGACCGUGCGCAUCGAGGUCCUCGGCAGCGACAACACCCUCCUCCGGCCGUACAUGGGCAGCGUCAGCCACCUGCGGGACAUUCGCCAAGCGGCGGCCGUGGACCUGGACGCCGACGGCCUGCCGGAGGUCCUGCUCGCCGCCAAGGACACCACCACCCCCGGCUGCGAGGAGGACUUCUGCCUGCUCCUCCUGGAGGGGCUCCUGCAGCCGGACCUGCCGGCCGGCGCGCUCUUCCACCAGCGCCACCUCCUCCGGCUGCCGGGCAGCAUGGCCCCCGGGCCCAUGCUCCUCGGGGACUUCGAUGGGGAUGGCCACGCGUCGGAUGUGGCCAUCCUGCCGGCCGUCGGGUCGACCACGGCCCGGCCGCAGCUGGUGCUCCUGCUGUCCGGCCGGGACUUCGCCCGCCGGCCGGUCCACAUCGACCUGGCCGGGGCCUUCUACCCCUCGCCGCCGGCGGCCUGGUCGGAGGCCGUGAUCAAGGGCGCCGCCGGGCGCCUGGACCCCGGCCACCAGCACCAUACCCUGGUCCUGGCGGCCGGCCGGCGGGUGCUGGCCCUGGCCGGGCCGCUGGCCUUCGGCCCGGAUGACCACUCGCUGGACCUGGCCAGCCUGCCGCACUGGGCCCUGGUGCCGGAUCUGGACCAGGGCUUCUGGGUGGCCAUCGCCCUCGGGGAUGCCGAUGGCGACGCCCGGCCGGACCUGGCCCUGGCCCACAGCCACCGCCCGACGGACAUUCGCCUGUACUCGGCCAUCGAGGCCACGCCCGCCUGCUGGUGCGGGCCCACCCAUGGCCUCUGUGUCCAUGCCGCCGGCCCGCAUGACAGCCCGACGUGCUCCUGCCGCGGGGCCAAUCGCCGGCUGACCGGCACGUAUGCCCCGUGCGAGGCCUGUGCCCCGGGGCACUUCGCCCCCGGCGACGAUGACUGCAUCCCGGCCUGUGAGAUUGCCCACUGCCGGCACUGCCUCGAGGGCAGGUGCCUCGCCUGCGAGCGGGGCCUCCUCCUGGCGGAGGAUGGCCGCACGUGCGGGCACUCCUGCGCCGACCCCGAUGCCACCGUGGUCGAGGGGCGGUGCUCGGCCCCGGCCCCGGCCUUCGUCCCGUGGAUGGUCACCACGGCCGACCCCUCGUGGGGGGACUUCCAGCCGGUGGGCUUCACGCACGCGCGCAUGGCCCCCGCCCCGGCCGGCGGCGGCGACAACCCGGACCACCGGUGGCCGGUGGCCACGGUCGAGCCCAGCCUGGUCGGGUACUUCCCCUCGGAUCCCGACACCCUGACCCUGGUGCCGGUGGGCCAGUCGGCCGAGGUCCAGCACCUGAGCGUGCCCGGCAUGCUGGACGAGUUCAUUGUCGGGGACCGGACGGCGGCGGGGGCGGCGGCGCCCACGACGACAGCCGGGGGCCCGGCCGGCGCCAUGUCGGCCGCCGGCCCGGCGUCGGCCAUCGGCCAGCUCCUGGCCCCGAGGGACCCGGUCCAUCUGGGGGCGCUGCUGCGGGCGGCGGACCGGCCGCCGGGCGGUGGGCCGGCCGGGCACCCGGCCCGGCGGCCGGCCGUCAGCCUGGCCACCAUGGCCGGGGCGGCCACCGCGCUGGCGCACUUCCGCCCGGCCACCGGGACCCUGCCCGGCCACGCCUUCGGGUAUAUGGUGGCCCCGAGCGCCCUGACCCGGCCGCUGCCGGUGACCAGCACCCUGACCAUGCUGCUGUUCGGCAGCAGCAUGGCCGGGCCGGGCCCGGCCCUGCGCGACCCCCUCCGGUGGAUGGUGGACGUGCCGCUGCCCUUCCCGGCGGGCGAGCUGGCCCUGGCCCCGGCCCCAGCCCACGGGCAAACCUUCCCGCAGCUGGCCUCCCUCGUGCGGACCACCACCGGCGAGCAUCUGCUGGCCAUGCCCGGGGCCAUGAUCGGCUACUGGGACCUCCAGUGGGGCCUGGCCGGGGUGCUGCUCAGCCUGCCGAGCGUCAGCCCGCGCCUGAGCAUCCCCCGGCUGGGGCACCGGCCGGGGGAGGCCGUCGGCCUGGCCCUGCCGGCCGUGGCCGAGCUGUAUCCGCGCCUGGCCGGCCGGCCGGCCGACCGGCCCGGGGCCCUGUUCAUCAACAUGGCCGCCCAGAGCCCGGACUUCCUGUAUGUCCAGCCGCCGGGCGAUGAUGUUCCCCUGCACCAGGCGCUGUAUUACCAGCGCGCGGAGGGGGCCCCGGCCCAGGGGAUCCUGGUCCGGGCGGAUGCCCUGCCGGCCGGCAUCGUGGCCCAGCCCUACGACUGCCUGUGGGACCAGUCGCUGUGGGACCUGGACCGGGCCACCGGCGAGGAGCCGUACAAGACCCCGGCCGGGCUGCUGGCCGAGCCCUUCCUGCCGGGCAACCGCUCCGGGCGCCGGGACUCCGGCUGCCCGCUGGCGGUCAUCGAGCACCAUGCCGUCAGCCCGACGGCCGAGCUGGUGGCCAUGGACACCAACCGCGACGGCCAGGAGGACCUGGUGCUGCUGGACCGGGCCACCGGCCGCGUGGUCUUCUACCUGGCCCAGCCCGGGGUCGAGGGCGUGGCCUUCCGCCGGGUGGUUGUCCUGCCGGGGUUCCCGCCGGCCGGCCGGCCGGCCGCCGGGUCGCCGGCCGCCCGGCCGAGCAUGCACCUGCUGGACGUCAACCACGAUGGCCGGCUGGAUGUCGUGCUGCUGGAUGGGCCGGACGGGGCCGGGUCGCCGGCGCGCGGCCCGCGCAUCCGGGUGUUUGCCCACCCGGACGCCGAGGCUCCCCGGUGCCCGGCCGGCACCCACCUCGACGCGGCCAGCUUGACGUGCGUGUGCCCCGGCGGGGAGGCGGUCCACUUCGACACGGCGGCCGGCCGGUGCGCCUGCGUGGCGCACGCCGACCCGGGCCCGGACGGCCGGUGUGCCUGCCCGGCCGGGCUGGUGGCCGCCGCCGGCCAGUGCGCCUGCCCGGCGGGCACGCGCCCGGUCUUCGACGAGGCCACCCUGGCCGAGGUCCUGCCCCGGGAGUGUGCCCCGUGCGACGCCUCGUGCGCCACCUGCUCGGCCGGGCCGGCGCGCGCCUGCGGGACCUGCCCGCCGGGCCGGCUGCUGGUGCUGGCCCCCGGCCCGUCGGCCUGCGUGAGCGCCUGCCCGGCCGGCAUGAACCCCACGUCCGCGGGGGGGGCCUGCGUGGCCUGCGGGCCCGGGUGCGAUGCCUGCACCACGGCCGACCGGUGCACCGCCUGCGCGCCGGGGUUCUACCUCUCGGCCGAGGACCACCAGUGCCACGCGUGCGAUGUCUCCUGCGGGGCCUGCUCCGGGCCCGGGGCGCUGGCUUGCCGGGGCUGCGCGGCGGGCUUCCUGCUGGAGCCGGCCACCGGCCGCUGCUGGUCCGACUGCCCGGAUGGCACCGGGCCGGACCUGGUCACCGGCCAGUGUCAGCCGUGCGGCAAUGCCGCCUGCCGGCGGUGCGUCUCCCCGGCCGCCGGGGCCCACUGCUCGGCCUGCCCGGCGGGCUUCACCCUGGGCAGCAGCCCGCGCGAGUGUGUCCCCUGCGGCCCCGGCUGCCUGGCCUGCUACACGGCCGAGUUCCCCACCUGCCUGGCCUGCCAGCAGGGCACGGUCCUCCACGAGCAGAAGUGCCUGCCGGCCUGCCCCGAUGGCAUGUAUGCGGUGGCCGCGCCGCCGCCGGCCCAGCCCGGGCUGCCGGCGUCGGCCGUGUGCCGGCCCUGCCACAGCACCUGUGCCCAGUGCACCGGGCCCCUGGCCAGCCAGUGCACCGCCUGCGUGGACCCGCUGGCCGAGCUGGCCUCGGGCCAGGACCCCGCCUGCCGGUCGGUCUGCCCGGAUGCCGGCUCGCAGCCGGCCGCCCUGGCGGCCUGCCCCUGCUCGGCCAGCGGCUGCCUCUCCUGCCAGUCGACCGGGCCCUAUGUGUGCGCCCGGUGCAUCGUCGGCUACCUGAUGACGGCCGACGGGCAGUGCAUCCGCCAGGGCCAGUGCCCGCCGCUGACGUACGCCGACAUGCUGGCCCGGUCGUGCUACCCGUGCGGGGUUUUCUGCAGCUCCUGCCAUCCCGGCCGGCCGGAGUACUGCCUGACCUGCUCCUCCCGCGAUGGCUUCCUCCCGCUGCCCGGGGGCUACUGCUCGCGGACCUGCCCGGAGGUGGGGUACUUCGUGGACAACCUCGACCGGGGCCGGUGCAAGGCCUGCCCGGCCAACUGCUGGACCUGUGCCCGGUCCACCGGGUGCGACAUGUGCCACGCCGGCUUCUUCAUGCAUCAGGGGGCCUGCCUGGCCGCCUGCCCGGAGGGGACCUUCCCCAGUGCCGGGGGGUGCCAUGCUUGCGACCGGCAGUGCGCCACCUGCACCGGGCCCGGGCCCGGCCAGUGUGCCACCUGCCCGGCGGGGGCGGUCCUGUCGGCCGGCGGCCGGUGCCUGGCCGGCGGCCGGUGCCCGGCCGGCAGCGCCGACUACCUGACGCCCGGCGUGUGCGCGGCCUGCGCCGGCGGCUGCGCCGCGUGCACCGGCCCCGCGCCGGACCAAUGCACCGCCUGCAUGUAUGGCAUGCUGCCGGACCCGCGCGCGGCCGGCGCCUGCCUGGCCGCCUGCCCGGAUGGCUGGUUCCCGGACCCGGCCGCGAGCCUGUGUGCCCCUUGCCACCGGAAGUGCGCCACAUGCGCCGGGCCCGGGGGUGACAGCUGCCUGGCCCCGGCCCCGGGGGCCGGCCGGCGCACCGCCCUGGCCAUCGGCCUUGGCGUGGGGCUCCCGCUGCUGGUGGUCCUGGUGGCGGCCGUGGUGGCGGCCAUCCUGCUCCUCCGGCGGAAGGCCUCCUCGCCGGAGCCCGCCAAGCAGGACGCCGUGGAGAUGGCCCCUGUGCCUGCCUGA